UAAAUUGUGAAAGAGAAUGGCUCUUCUCUUCUCUUGGGCUGACGGGCUUGCUUGCUUCCUCACUUUGUUCCAAUUUAAACCCAACACCAAUCCUUCUUUCUAUCACUAUUCGUCUUUCUCUUUCCGUUGUUCAAUCCCUUUCUCUGAAACCCAAAUACCCAGUGUUUCGGCCUCGCCUACUUAAACUCUCAUUCCUACUCCAACUGUCUUUAUUACCUUCAUCUCUCUCUCUCUCCAACUCCUCCUUCCAUAUAUAUAUAGAGAGAGCUCUUCAACCCUACGCACUCUUGACCUCCUUUCUUGUUUCUCAUUGAACCCACAAUGUGGAUGAUGGGAUAUAAUGACGGUGGAGAGCUCAACUUGACGGAUUCUUGCAACGGCCGGAAACUCCGGCCGCUGAUCCCAAGGCCGACAACUUCCAUCUCGGCCACCACCACCAGCAAUGCUCCAUUUUUAAGCCGGGUCCACGGUGCCGAUCUUCUUUCCUUAAACCACCACCAUCUGGCAGGUGUAACCGAGCAAAGCAAGAGAGAUUUCAAUACGACGCAGCAGCACCAGGUGGUAGUGAGCUCCCGCUGGAACCCGACGCCGGAACAGCUACAGACGCUGGAAGAAUUGUAUCGGAGGGGAACGAGAACGCCCAACGCGGAUCAAAUUCAGCACAUUACGGCGCAGCUCCGGCGGUACGGCAAGAUCGAAGGGAAGAAUGUUUUCUACUGGUUCCAAAACCACAAGGCCAGAGAACGCCAGAAACGCCGCCGUCAACUCGAAUCCGGCUCCGAUGAACAACAAGGAACCCUUGAAAGGAAAGAAUCAGCAGGGCCUAAUAGGACAGGUUUUGAAGCCGAGCAGACCAAGGGCUGCUGCUGGCCUCUCCCUACAAACUGCAGUACACUCUCAGAGAAAACUGCUUCGAUACAAAUAAGGGCAGCGGCAGCAAGAGCUGCAGUCUCUGAAUGUAGAACAGACGGAUGGGUACAGUUCGAUGGGGGAGAAUUACCGCAGAGAAGGAGCUUGCUCGAGAGGAAUGCCACGUGGCACCCCAUGAUGCACUUGUCUUCGUCCACUCCCCACCACCUCCUCAACAUUACCACUUCUUCUUCUUCCACAACUGUCGCCACUUCUAAGACCCUAGAAACGUUGGACCCCAAGCUCGUCACGAUCGGCAUCCAAGACUCCAAAAUCUUUUCGGCGCCUUACAGAGAAUAUCGAAGCCGUUUCGGGAACGAGGAUGGCUAUGAAUCAGGCGGCGGGCCUUCUUCUCAAACCCUCCAGCUGUUCCCUCUCCGGAGCUGCGGCGACGGCAACGAGAACGCCGGCGAGGAGAACGAGGUGGCGCUGGCCGCCAUGAACGCCAGCUUCAGCACCCCGUACCAGUUCUUCGAGUUCCUUCCAUUGAAGAACUGAAACUCGCCAAACACAGGCAAUAUUUUAAAAAUCAUGCGUUCUUUAUUUAAGUAAAAGGGUGGGUUGUGGGUUAGUUUAUUUAUGUAAAAGGAUCUUGAAUGCAGUGAAUGGAACAUUUCAUGGAGGUGGGGGUCUGGUGCAACAGUGGUAGUAUGAAAGAAGGUUGCCUUAAAACGCAUUUGGACCAUGUUGGUUGAUUCAAAGAUAGAGCUACCUUAUUGUG